AUGAAUUGGAUAUUGACAUUCGUCCUCUUAUCUCUCUUGUUCUUGCUCGCACUCCUCAGUCUCUUCCUCAACCGAUUGCAAAAAUCUCAUAUUUCAUUGCCACCAGGACCCCUACCUCUCCCUCUCAUCGGUCACAUGUUGCUUGCCAGUCAAAUGACACAUAGAGGGCUCACCUACCUAGCAGAUCAUUUCACUGAUGGUAGGGGACUCCUUGGCCUUCGUCUUGGCCAUCUCAACACUUUGACGAUCUCCACUCCUCCCAUGGCCAAACAAGCCCUCCAAAUUCAUGACGUUGUAUUCUCUAAUCGUCCUGCCUCCAUCGCCAUCACUUACCUCACCUACAAUCGUGCUGAUAUGGCCUUUGCCCACUAUGGCCCAACUUGGCGCCACAUGCGCAAACUAUGUGUUACAAAGCUAUUCAGCCACCGUCAUAAAAAUUCAUGGUUUAGCGUUCGCCGUGAAGUCUCCUCCACCGUCGUUGCCAUUGCCAACUGCUCUGGUCGUCCCGUCUGCAUUGGGGAGAUGAUUUUCAGUUUGGCUAAGAGUAUAAUUUUCUCAGCUGCCUUUGGGUCACAUUCUCAUGGAAAUGAGGACUUGAUAGGCAUAAUUCAAGAAUUUUCUAAGCUUUUUGGAGCUUUUAAUAUUGGUGAUUUUUUUCCAUGGCUGAGAUGGCUUGAUUUGAAUGGACUGAAUAAGAGGUUGAAGAAAGCUAGGCUUGAGCUUGAUUACUUUAUUGAUAAGAUUAUUGAAGAGCAUAGGGAGAAUCCUAAGGCAAAGGAUGAUGUAAAUAGGGAUAUGGUUGAUGAAAUGCUUGAUUUUCUUGAGGAUACUGAAGUGAUUGCGAAAUCUAACUUUGGCCAGGCUGAAGAGCUCAAGAAUCUGGGACUUACUAGAGAUAACAUUAAGGCUAUCAUCAUGGACAUUAUGUUUGGUGGAAUAGAGACGGUUGCUUCUGCAAUAGAGUGGGCAAUGGCAGAACUAAUGAGCUGCCCAAACGAGAGACAUAAGGUACAAACUGAGCUUGCUGAGGUCGUCGGACUCCACCGACGAGUAGAAGAAUCUGACCUCGACAAACUAACCUACCUCAACUAUGUCGUGAAAGAGACCCUCCGCCUCCACCCUCCGAUCCCCCUCGCCCCCCAUGAGACAGCCGACGACAUUAUUCUCGACGGUCGUUUCGUCUCUGCUCGCACUCGUGUUAUGAUCAACAUCUGGGCCAUCGGUCGGAGUAAGUCGGCAUGGAAGGACCCCGACGCCUUCCGGCCAUCACGGUUCGCGAUAGGGGAGGGAGAGGCAGCGCACAGAGACUUCCGAGGGAGCUCCUUCGAGUUCAUCCCGUUCGGGGCGGGCCGGCGAUCAUGCCCGGGAAUGCAGUUAGGGCUCUAUGCUAUGGAGUUGGCGUUGGCCGAGUUGCUGCAUUGCUUCGAUUGGGAGCUGCCGGAUGGGAUGAGCUCUUCAGAGCUAAGUAUGGAGGAUUCCUUCGGUCUCACUGUGCCGCGUGCUUUCAGAUUGGUGGCUGUGCCAACCCUACGGCUCUCUUGCCCGUUGGAGGUUUAA